AAGCUUGUGCCAAAAAUGAAACUUUGCAAAAAAAACUUAUCUACAUACUGGUACAUUUCAGCACUAAUGAGAGAUAGGAAGCAAUACCAACGCGUGCGUUGUUCGCGACGGUACACGCCUGGCUCUUGUAUGGACCCAGUGCGCCCUGUGUGGACCUUUGUUGCCCCUUUACAGACUUGCACAGAGCGCCUCGGCUGCCCCUCGGGUCUUUUCGGCAAUCGGUUCAACUCAUUAGAGGAAUGUACCAACAUGUGCCGAGAACUCGUCUACCUGUAUAUGUAUCUUCAGUCUUUGGACAACGAAACAUUCCAAGUACCGGAUGAAGUGUUCGACUCGUCGACUCGACAAGCCAGCGACAUUAUAUACGGCGAGCUCACGCAAGACACCCCUCCGGACUCCGUCGGCGAGGGGCUUGAAGACGUCGACGCUGACAAUUUUCGACGGAACUUCAAGUCCAUACUAACCAAUCUGCCAGAAACUGAACCGAGCUACCCGGAAGAUAGAAAUUACGAAGACAGCGACGAUCGCCCGCCGCCGCUAUCCCGCAAAGAAGUCAUGCAAGACACUGCGGAGGAACUUGUAGUGCCUGAUAUUGACCACUUUGUGUAAGAAACUAACCUUCUGUCCUCUGGUCAAACUGCCUUU